ACAGACGGAGCCGGCUUGGCCGCGGAUCGGAAGUCUCGAGGCUGAGCCGGGAAGCAGGGGCAGAGGCUGCCCGGCCGCGCUGUCCGCCAGGCCGUUGGCUCCUGCUCUGGCCCGGGGCCACCGGCUGUGGGUUUCAGAAUGAGCGUCCCCGAUUACAUGCAGUGCGCCGAGGACCAUCAGACUCUCCUGGUUGUGGUCCAGCCUGUUGGGAUUGUCUCAGAGGAGAACUUCUUCAGGAUCUACAGGAGAAUUUCCUCCGUGAGCCACAUCAGCGUCCGGGAUUCCCAGCGAGUGCUGUACAUCCGCUACCGGCAUCACUACCCGCCUGAGAAUAAUGAGUGGGGCGACUUCCAGACCCACCGCAAGGUCGUGGGCCUCAUCACCAUCACUGACUGCUUCUCCGCCAAGGACUGGCCGCAGACCUUCGAGAAGUUCCACGUGCAGAAGGAGAUCUAUGGCUCCACGCUCUACGACUCCCGGCUCUUCGUCUUCGGGCUGCAGGGGGAGAUCGCCGAGCAGCCGCGCACCGACGUGGCCUUCUACCCCAACUACGAUGACUGCGAGACAGUGGAGAAGAGGAUUGAGGACUUCAUCGAGUCGCUCUUCAUUGUGCUCGAGUCCAAGCGUCUGGAUAGAGCCACAGACAAGUCCGGGGACAAGAUCCCCCUUCUCUGUGUCCCGUUUGAGAAAAAGGACUUUGUAGGACUGGACACAGAUAGUAGACAUUACAAGAAGCGGUGCCAAGGCCGCAUGCGGAAGCAUGUGGGGGACUUGUGUCUUCAGGCCGGGAUGCUCCAGGACUCCUUGGUGCACUACCACAUGUCGGUGGAACUUCUCCGCUCCGUCAACGACUUCCUGUGGCUUGGAGCUGCACUUGAAGGUUUGUGCUCCGCCUCUGUCAUCUCUCACUACCCUGGUGGGACCGGUGGUAAGACUGGGGCACGAAGGCUUCCGGGCAGCUCGCUCCCUGCCGAGACGGCCAACAGACACCGACCAGGGGCACAAGAAGUUCUCAUUGAUCCAGGUGCCCUCACCACCAACGGCAUAAAUCCCGACACCAGCGCCGAGAUUGGACGUGCCAAGAACUGUCUUAGCCCUGAAGACAUAAUUGACAAGUAUAAAGAGGCCAUUUCCUAUUACAGCAAGUAUAAGAACGCCGGCGUGGUUGAGUUAGAGGCUUGCGUCAAAGCGGUCCGUGUUCUCGCAAUUCAGAAGCGGAGUAUGGAAGCCUCGGAAUUUCUUCAGAACGCAGUUUACAUUAACCUUCGACAGUUUCCCCCAGAAGCUUCUGACUCCCUCUCUGUGCCGCAGCUCUCCGAAGAGGAGAAGAUCCAGCGGUACAGCAUCCUGUCCGAGCUCUACGAGCUGAUCGGCUUCCACCGCAAGUCGGCCUUCUUCAAGCGUGUGGCCGCCAUGCAGUGCGUGGCCCCCAGCAUCGCCGAGCCGGGCUGGAGGGCCUGCUACAAGCUCCUCCUGGAGACGCUGCCUGGCUAUAGCCUGUCACUGGAUCCCAAAGACUUCAGCAAAGGGACCCACAGGGGCUGGGCCGCGGUGCAGAUGCGCCUGCUGCACGAGCUCGUCUACGCCUCCCGGAGAAUGGGGAACCCUGCCCUGUCCGUCAGGCACCUGUCCUUCCUCUUGCAGACGAUGCUGGACUUCCUGUCAGAUCAGGAGAAGAAAGAUGUGACUCAAAGCCUGGAGAACUAUACGUCCAAGUGUCCUGGGACCAUGGAGCCCAUCACCCUCCCAGAUGGCCUCACCCUGCCCCCAGUGCCCUUCACCAAGCUGCCCAUCGUCAGGCACGUGAAACUGUUGGACCUUCCUGCCAGCCUCCGGCCACAGAAGAUGAAAAGCUUGCUGGGCCAGAACACGUCGACCAAGAGCCCUUUCAUCUACUCGCCAAUUAUUGCACACAGCCGUGGUGAGGAGCGGGGCAAGAAGAUCGAGUUCCAGUGGGUUCAGGGCGACGUAUGUGAGGUCCAGCUGAUGGUGUACAACCCCAUGCCAUUUGAACUCCGAGUCGAAAACAUGGGCCUCCUCACCAGUGGAGUGGAGUUCGAAUCUCUCCCUGCAGCACUUUCCCUGCCAGCCGAGUCUGGACUAUACCCAGUGACCCUCGUCGGGGUCCCGCAGACGACGGGGACCAUCACCGUGCACGGUUACCACACCACGGUCUUUGGUGUCUUCAGCGACUGCUUGUUGGACAACCUUCCGGGAGUCAAGACCAGUGGCUCCUCGGUCGAGGUCAUCCCCGCUCUGCCCAGACUGCAGAUCAGCACGUCUUUACCCAGAUCCGCUCACUCAUUGCAGCCUUCCUCCGGUGAUGAAGUAUCUGCUAAUGUGUCUGUCCAGCUUUACAACGGGGAGACCCAGCAGCUGGUCAUUAAGCUAGAAAAUAUUGGGACGGAGGCUUUGGAGAAACUGGAAGUCACCUCAAAGAUCCUCACGACAAAAGAAAAAUUGUACGGGGACUUCUUGAGCUGGAAGCUGGAAGAAACCCUUGCCCAGUUUCCUCUGCAACCUGGAAAGAUCGCCACUUUCACCGUCAACAUCAAAGUGAAGCUGGACUUUUCAUGCCAGGAGAAUCUUCUCCAGGAUCUCAGCGAUGAUGGAAUCAGCGUCAGUGGCUUUCCCCUGUCCAGCCCCUUCCGACAGGUUGUGAGGCCCCGAGUGGACAGCAGACCCGCCAAUCCACCUGAGAGCAGCAAGACUGGUGACUUCAGCCACGUGAAGACUCUGGAAGCAGUCCUGAAUUUCAAAUACUCUGGAGGCCCGGGCCACACUGAAGGCUACCACCGGGAGCUUUCCCUGGGCCUGCAUGUGGAAGUGGAGCCAUCUGUGUUUUUCACCCGUGUCAGUACUCUCCCCGCAACCAGCACCCGGCAGUGCCACCUCCUCCUGGAUGUCUUCAACUCCACAGAGCAUGAGCUGACCGUCAGCGCCAGGAGCAACCAGGAGCUCAUCCUGCACGCAGGCGAGUGCCAGCGCAUGGCCAUUCAAGUGGACAAGUUCAACUUCGAGAGUCUCCCAGAAUCCCCCGGGGAGAAGGGGCAACUUGCAAACCCCCAACAGCUGGAGGAAGAGAGGCAGGAGGCCCGAGGCCUGGAGAUCAACAGCAAGCUGGGCAUCCGCUGGAAGAUCAUAUCCUUGUGGUGGGCUCUGCCGGUGCCUGGGGAGGGCUUGGCUGUCGCAUUUUAACCACAGAAUGCUCAGAAGUGUGUGGCGGGAGGCAUGGGCCGGGUGGGCGACUUUCUCUUACCUUGGUGAUGCUCACAGGCCGCACUUAAUUCAGAAGUACGGAUUCAUGGCAAGGAAGGGUCUCCUGGGGGCUGUGGUUGCUCUUGUCUUGGGAGCAUAUCCUUCUGGCCAGUGUUGAUAUUCGUAUUAGUGACAGCUUCUAAUGGCCACCUAUCAGUUUCGGGUUCGGGAGUCUCACAUGCUGACAGCCGAGAACGUGGAUGCAAUUGUCUGGGCAUCUAAAAUCCGAGUGUACAGCUUAGUGAGGCAUGAAGACACCAACUGGAAGAUGCUGGGAGAGUUUUCAGAGGGACGGUGCUGCAAGGAACAUUUCCUAAAUAACUGACCCUGCUCUCGACAUCAGAACAGGCCUGGCUCGUAGUGGGCACCUGGCGAAUGAAUGAGUGUGUGAGUGAAUGAGUGAGUGCCCUGGAGAGAACCCAGGGCCUUUCGAUUUGUCGCUUGUUCAGCACUACUCACAGAGUGCCUCCUUUGGGCUGGGCACUUUGCCAGGCACUUAGGAGACUGAAAGAGAAAAGGCCAGGUGUCCCUGCAGGUUCGCAGGCUAGGGGGCCUGGGAUUAUCACCUGGGGGCUGGGUACACUGCAGUGGGCACAUGACCAGGAUUGUGCUGAGUGCUAGGAGUGCCCAUAGGAAGAUGCCAUGUGUGUGGGGCAACCACAGGAGGCUUCACAGAGGGGGUGACAUUUGAGUGGGCCUUUUAAUGGUGAGUAGAAACUAGCUGAAAGGUUGGCAGUGUAGACCCACCCAGUGGCGCUUCGGGAAGGAGGCCUGGCAAUCUGAUUCCGAAACAUCACAGCCUUGAAAACCCUACGGAGCAGUUCUACUCUGCACACAUGGGUCACCACGAGAAGAAAGCAACUCCACGGCAACUAACAACCCCAGCAAAGCUAUCGAUGGGACAGGGGUGGGAAAUGCCCCAGAGACAGCCAGGUGAGAGAGCCUGGCUUGCUCAGAGAAAGCGUGAACGUCCGCCAGCUGGCUUACUCCUGUGUCGUUCUGUGUCUCAGGACGUGACCAAAGCCACGGAACGAUCUCAGGUCAUUGCAGAGAGCUCCCCUGAACUCUGAGCAGAUUCCGGACCUCAGGAAAGUUCCUUCUUUCAAGCUCAAGAGAAUUUGGGCUUGGUAGACCCACCUUUCCAAGCUGAGUCUGAUGAAGUAAGCACUUUACAUGUAGAUAGAAGUUUUUCUGAACCAAACACUGAAAAUACAGUGCUUGGGAACUCUGGAGAGGGAACGGAAGCAGCUUGCCACUGUGGGGUUAAAGGUAUUUGCCGUUUGUACAUAAAGAAGUAAAAAAUGGGUAUACCAGUUGUCCUCCCUUGUAUUCCACAGACCUCAGCACAAAGCCAGCACUGAGUGGAUUCAGGCUGACUGAAGCAGCAGAAUGAGGCAGCCAGGAGGAAGUCAGGAUGAGCACUUCCUGCCGUACCUGCCUCCCCUCUCAUUAAAUUCUUCCACAUCACCUUGAUCGUACUGUUGGGCCUGUUGAGGGAACUGAAUCUCCAGGAGAGUCUAGCCAGUGAGAAGGGGAGCCAGGGACCGAACCAGGUGUAUCUGCCAACCAGGCGCACCUCCAGCCCCUGCCCUCAAGGAGCGGGGGCCCUGUGUGGAGAGACGUAGGCAGACAGCUCCUGUGCUCUGUUGUUGGAUGCCGCUGAGUAGAAUUUCAACUCAUAGCAGCCCGUGUGACUGAGUAGAACUUUCCCAUAGGGUUUUCUAGGCUGUAAUCUUUACAGCACGGAGCCCUGGUGGUGCAGUGGUUAAGCAUUCGGCUGCUAACUGAAAGGGUGGUGGUUCAGCCCGCCAGCAGCCGUGCAGGAGGAAGAUGUGGCAGUCUACUUCUCUGAAAUUAGCCAAAAAAAACCAAACACCAAACCCAUUGCUGUGGAGUCAAUUCCGACUCAUAGUGGCCCUAUAGGACAGAGUAGAGCUGCCCCAUAGAGUUUCCAAGGCUGUAAUCUUUACAGAAGUGGACUGCUACAUCUUUCUACCAUGGGGCGGCUGGUGGGUUUGAACGGUUGACCUUUCAGUUAACAGUUAAGGGCUUAAGCACUGUGCCACCAGGGCUCCCGCCACAGAGAUUACAACCUUGGAAACCCUAUGGGGCAGUUCUGGUCUGUCCUGUAGGGUCACUAUGACUCAGAAUCAACUCAGCAGCGAAGGGUUUAUGGAGUCUUUACGACUCCUUUCAUGUGCUGCAGGUUGGAGGGAAGAAGGGCCGUGAGUGCUCACCCCUUGGUCUGUACCGCCAUGACCCUGGAGCCUGGGAGUAUGUCACCUGGGACUUUGCAACAGGAAGAGUACUGGAGAGGUGCAGUGACCUCCUGAUGGGGAAGCCUCCUGUGUGGCUGGAGACAGCUGUCACCCAGGGUCACAGAAUGCAGAAUGAGCAGGCCCUGCUGGGUCUGAUUGCCUUCACUCAACAUCAACAGGUGCCCAGGGAGGAGCAGGCGGUGUGGUUGAGGGGCCAGGAGGAAGUGACUCCUUCUCUCAAGUGGUCUCAUUCUGCAAUAGAGAUAAGACCAGGAAGCCAGUGAGUGGGGGUUUGCAACCCCUAGCUCCCCACAUUUCCACAGAGGGGAGACCCACCACUGUAUGGGCCCCAUCUGGAGCCAGGGCACAUAGUCACUCUCCUGCUAACAGAGCAGCUCCCAUUUUCCAGCGGCUGCCCCUGGGCUGGGCUGGGUCCCAUGUCUCACCCCCUCAACAGCUCUGUGAGUGGUUUCAUUAUCCCUGACUGCAGACGGGAACACUGAGACCCAAGUGCACAGGGUAUAAAGUGGUGGAGCUACUAUGUGAACCCACAUUAACCUGUCUUCAAGCCUGUGGUCUUGAUGCCGCCUUCUAGUGGGAUUAUAACCAGAAAACCCAAACCGGUUGCUGUCAAGCCUCCUCCAACUCGUGCCAACCCCACGUGUGCAGAGCAGAGCUGCUCCGUAGGGUUUCCAAGGCUGGGACCUUUCAGAAACAGAUCGCCAGGCCUGUCUCUGGUGCCUCUGGAUACGUUCAAACCGCCAACCUUUCAGUUAGGAAUUCGAGUGCUUAACAAUUUGUGCCACCCAGGGAUUCCAGUGGGAUUAUAUUGACCAAUGAAACUCUCACAUUCUUUGAAAACUAUCAUCAAAAAUCGUGCUUCAAAUGUCUUUGGGUUUCUCUCCUUUCAGCCUGACUCUUUGGGGAGGCUAACUUCUGUAUUCACUUCAUAAUUCAUGCAACAAACAUUUAUCGAAUGCCUGCCAUGUGCCAGAUACACUUGUCCCACAAAUUUACUCGCUGGGAUUAUUUGACGGACUUUCCUAUAGGCGAACCUGAAUAUUCUGUCGUUUCCACUAAAGGAGGCUGGAAAGUGAGUUCAAAUAAAGGGAACUACCAUUAGGCCAUUCAUUCAUUCUCUCCCUCUCUCUGGCAUCUGGUAAUGGCAUCUGUCAUGGCAUGGAUAGCAGACUUUUGCUAUUGUAAACCUGAAUUCAGCAGAUGGAAAGACCGAAGAUUGAAUUGGCUAAUAAUUUCCUCAAGCAUUUUAAUAAUAUUUUCUAAAUAUUUAGACUUCAUUAAAAAAUUGAUGCUAAUUUGACACCCCUCCGUAGUCACAGCAGUUAUCCCUGUGUGGCACAUGAGGCCGGAUAUGGGUUUUACAGGACAUGGUAUAUCCUGAAAUAGUUCUCUGCAUCCCUGUCUUCACAAUGCCCAGAGGACUCCAGGAGCUGAGCCCCAGUCUCCAUCCAGUUAACAGUGUGUCCAUUGUUUUGCUCUCUGAGCUGGGUCCUUGAGAUACCCCCAGUGUAAGGGGGGACAGACGCAGAGCUGGCGCCUACAGAGCGCACUGAAGGCCUAAGGUACAAGUCGGCUCAUGUGCGGGCUGAGCACAUUCCAGCCUGGGAAGCAGUGGUGCUAGCUGCAGACUGGGCAGGAAAGCAGGCCAUUGUGCUAAGAGGUGGGGUUCAAAUGUAGUGAGACCCAGCCCUGCCUACAGGAGCUUCGUGGUGUGGGGGUAGAGACAGGGCUGCAGACAGUGCACCCGAGCACACGCGUGAGCAUAGACAUGUGUCCAUGCACACGUGCUGCCCACCUCCCACAGCCCAGGCACCGUGCUAGGAACGGGCCAGUGGAUGUGGAUGUAGGGCCCCUGUGCCGUGCUGAGGAGGGCAGUGGGGAGCCUGCGGGGGCAGUGUGGCCCCACCAGCCUGUGUUUCUAGAGCAGCAUGACGGCAUUUUGUUUUUUCCUUUCCCUUUUUUUUCCCACAGGGAUGAGGGCUAAGCUCAGUGACCAGCCUGGCGCCUGGGAGGUGCCCCCUCCCCUCACAGGCCUUUCUGACUUGCCGUGUCUGCUUUGCAAGCCCAGGCCCUGGUGAGCACUCCCCACAGUGUCAGGCCCCUCCUGAGGCUCACACCAGCUUUGUGAAGGAGCAGGGCCAGCAAGGCUGCCAGUAAGACGUUUAUUUUAAACCACGCCCUGCGUCCUUGACUGGCACAGACUGGCCGGGGUCCCCACGCAGGGACGUCCUCAAGGCAGCAGUGCAGAACUGGUUGAGCUGCCUGGAGGUCCCGAGGGCCGCAUCUCUCAGGAAACACGGGGACCUCGUGCGGGGAGGCGGCAGAGGGAGUUAGCUGAGCGCAGCGUCUGUUUCAGUGGCACAGCAGAGUGGCCACCAGCUUAGUCUCACUGUGCUAAGUGCUGUGAGGGACACAGGAAAGGAGAUGGCAGCUAGCGAAUUCAGUCUUCACAGAGACUGACCCCUUUUCCGGUGGCCGAGGCACACGGGCACUGUGGUUGAAACACAUCAGGGAGAAGCUUCCAGCAAGAUUGUCUCAUCUCACCUUCUAGUUGUCCUUGUUUUUGUUGCAAAUCUCCCUCCAGAGAGCGUUUCGGGGGUUGGUGUGAUGCUUGGGGCUGUCUUAGUUGUCCAGUGCUGCUGUAACAGAUACCACAAGUGGGUGGCCCUGAAGACCAGAGCUUCACUGUCUCACAGCCUAGGAGGCUAGAAGUCUGAAUUCACGGUGCUGGCUCUAGGGGAAGGCUUUCUUUCUCUGUCGCCUCUGGAGGAAGGUCCUUGUCCCUUCUCCGCUUCUGUUCCUCGGUUCCUUGGAGAUCUCCAUGUGGUGUGGCAUCAAUCUUCCCCAUCUCUGCUUGCUGCUCUGUGGCUGAUCUGCUCCUUGUAUGUCUCAGAAGCGAUUGGCUUAAAGCACAACUUACACUGAUGUGGCCUCACUAACAUAACAAAGAAAACCCUAUUCCCAAAUGGGAUUACAUCGAUAGGUAUAGGGGUUAGGAUUUGAAACGCACAUUUUUUGAGGGGACUCAAUUCAAUCCAUAACACCAGCAUAUCAGAAUCUAACCCCGUCUGGAUUUAAAGAUAGAGGAUUGGUGCUUGGGUCAGCUGAAUCCACAAGGGCAGGUGGUUGGACCAUCUGGGCAGUUUCUCCACGAGAUAGUCUGGUAAGAAGCAGUCUCACCCUUUUGAUGGCGAAGCAUUGGUAACCAUUCCAGCUGCUUUGAGGGCAUCAAGAUGGAGCGAGGAAUCCAAAAACGAACUGGGCCCUAGGUUCCAAAGACCUUACAUCCGAGAGUGGGGAUGGAAUAUUUUUCACAGGAUGCAGAGGCCAAAUCGAUGUUGGUGUGUAAGCUGGGAAACAGAAGGAGUGGGCUUGCUGAGGGCCACUGUUCUCCCUGGGGUGGAGGGUGAUGAUCCCCCGGGAGCUCAUGCCUCAGGCUUUGUGUGGUGCUGAGUCUUGUCGUCCUUGGCCUCUCGGACACUAGCCACCCUACAUAAACUGAAGAAGCUCAGCCGUGGCCACAGGUGUCAUCACUGUUUAUCUGGGCCUUCACAAGCAUGACCCUUAAUCUGCAUGGUCACAAUGAGUACAACCAAGAGGCAGUGCAGACCUGUGCUCUGUUCUCUUCCCAAGGUGGUUUUCUUUCCAGCCAGGAGACUUUGCCUUCAGCUGGCCCCACCUCGCUUAGAAGACGAAGGCCGAGAUUGGACGGUUGGAACUGGGUUGCUUAAGGUCAUCCGUUACCCUCUCUAAUUGGCUCCUGUUCUCAAGAUGCUUCUGAAUGGAGUUCUUUCUUCUCAUCUUUUGAAAAAAAUGGGAUGUCUUUGAAUGAGACCCUUGGAAGCCCAGUGCACCAUGCAUGUUUUUCUAAUAGUUACGUUUGGAGAAAUAGUUUUACCUAAAUGAAUUCUAAUACAAACAGCUCCUGUCGUCAGUACAGCUGCCAGCUUGAGCAUCUUAGGGGCAGUGUAGGGCUGUGUUUUCUACCUGCCUUUAGGGAAUUUGGCUUCUGUAGCUUGUUGUGCAGUAACCAGGUCCUGAGGCCUUUCAUCUGCGUCAGAGCGGAGAACCUUCACCCGCCAGAGAGAAGCGUUGUGCCUGAUCGCUGAGGCUGACCAAGUUACCAGGCUCUUUGCCCUUCUGUGGGCUCAGGGAGUCAGGUAGGAGGGAAAGAUGUGAUUGCUAUGUCCCCCAAAUCCAAAUAAGGUGGCUGGCACACCUUAAAGUCACUUUGAAAGGAGUCAGAGUUUGGCCCAGUGUUCAGAUUUGGUUCAUGGGAGCGGAGUGGGCCUUUUCCCACAUCCAAAGCACUGUUUCCGUCUGUGUGCGCAUGUGCAUGUGGACGUGUGUGGACGUGCGUGUAUCUGUGUGUGCAAAGGAGUUUGGGUCUGAGUGAUUGUGUCCAGUGUCUAUACGUGCCUGAAUACGUCCAGGAAUUGGCACGUGUGUAUGCGUAUGCGUGCGUGUGUGUGACUGGGUGCGUGUGCGUUCUAUGUGUAUUUGGUGUGACAGCCACCGUGAGCCUGCAUCUUAUAUGACAGAAUGGCACAGUUACAGCCUAAGCAACAGUGGGCACUCAUAUGGCACUUCCUACAUCCGAAGCAGCGUUCUGAGCAGUUCACACAAGUUUACUCGCUGAAUUUCACAAGAACUCAUGAAGGAGUUGUUAUCUGCGUUCCACAGAUGAGAAAGCUAGGCCCGGAGAGAUUGGCUAACUUGUGCACAGUCACCCAACUGUCCACGGGUGUGCACCUCGCUGCCGUCUGUGCUCUGAGCCCUUGCUAGGAAAAACAGAGGGCGUCUGGUCCCUGCCGUGGCCCUCAAGCUGUUUGUUCUUCAGAUGACGCUUGAAGAGAUCGCAGCAUCCCCCUGCCGGCCCCGUCUCGCCUACUCUCCACCUGGAAUUCUAGAAUAUUCUCAACCCAGCCCAACUAGCAGCAGUGAACCAAGUGUGGACCGCUUACUUGGCUGCUCUGUGGCGGCCGACGGUUUCCCCUACCUGGCAGCCUCUGGCCGGAGGAGCUCAGCCAGGGAGCCGGCCGCGGGGCACGUAGGGAGGUGAGCAUCUAUAUAGGAUUAGCAUUCUGAAAGUUCACGACGCAAAUCAGAAAACAAAGUCACGGUAAAGAGGCUCAUUAAUCAUUUAAAGCAGUCUUUCCAUUAGUGUAAUUUCUAUUUAUGACAAUUUGCUAAUUCAUUUGAGCUGAAGUGGGACUGGGCUAAGUCGCUGCACCUGGAGUGAUUCACUCCGGGGCUGGCAUGUGGGCCCGGAGCCUGCUUCCCAGGGUGCCCAAGUGGAAGCAUGCCCUGCCCAGCUCAGCCACCUGGGACCCUCGGAGCCAGCAUUGCCCCACCCAGCACCUGCCCAGGACGCAGCCUGGGAGCUGGCACACCCUGCCCAGAGUACCCGCCCAGGACCUUCGCAUCCAGCGUGCCCCACCCAGCACCCACCUAGGACGCGGCCUGGGAACCUGCACACCCUGCCCAGAGCACCCACCCAGGAUCUUUGGAGCCAGCAUGCCCCACCCAGCUCACCUACCUGGGACUCCGCCGGGAGCCAACAAGCCCUGCCCAGAGCACCCACCGAGCACCCAGCCUCAGAGCCAGCACGCGAUGCCCAGAGCACCCACCUAGGACCUUUGGAGCCAGCACACCCACCCAGAGCACCCACCCAGCACCCAACCUGUCUGUGUCAGCAUCUCUUACAUGAAGGCUUUCUAGCUUUGGCUUGACAGACCUUUUAUUGCACCUGGGACCCUCAGAGCGGAGCUUGCUUCUCCUUUGAGAGGCAGGACUGAUGCAUCUGAGGCCCAGAGGAGAACCUGACAGUCCCCAUGGGUUUGCACAUCCCUAAGGGAAGAGCUGGCUUUUUAUAAAAUACCAAACCACCCACCCACCCACUGCCGUCGAGUCGAUUCCAACUCAUAGCGACCCUAUAGGACGUAGUAGAACUGCCAAAAUACCAAACCAGGUUAUGGUAAAUCCCACUAAAAUAAAUAUCACAGGAUUCCAGAAGCUGCUCAAUGAUUUCAAAUGGCUCUUGAACAGUGGUACAUAGUAUUUCACUGCCAGGGGACUAGUAGAAAAUGAGAGGGAAAGUGUUUUAUUAACUUUCUGAAUUUCUCUCGGAUCUGACUGUGGUUUUCACAGAUUUGGAGGCAAACAUUCCUGGUUCCCAAGAUACACAGAAGAUUAACUGAGAAAACACUUGUAACAAAAAGGCUCUGCACAAAUAUUGAUUCAUUAAAUUUAAUUAAUAAUAACUAAUGACUAAUAAUAAUAAAUAAGGUAUAACCCUUGCCCAAUGGACUGGGCUUCUUAAAAGUAGGACAGAUCUUAUCUUCUCUGGUCUCUUUAUCCCUAGCCCCAACCUGGCAUGCGUAAUCAGUGUUAAUAAAUACUUUGCUGGGAAUCAAGGCACUCACAGUCCAGUGGGGCGGGGGACAGCUCAGAGCAAAUACUACACAACGUGGCAGGUACAGCCUAGGUGCGCUACCAGGUCAGUGGUAACUGCCAGGGAGGAAGGAAGGAUUGGCUUAAAGCGGGGGAAGGGGGACAGAGAGGAUAUCCAGGUAAGAGGAUAUGUGGCACAGUGCUUAAGAGCUCGGCUGCUAACUGAAAGGUCAGUAGUUUGAAUCCACCAGCCACUCCUUGGAGACCCUAUGGGGCAGUUCUGCUCUGUCCGUGUAGGGUUGCCGUGAGCUGGAAUCACCUCGACGGCACAGGGUUUAGUUUUUGGUUUAAGCUCUGGAAGAUGGGUCGGUGGUCACCAGAAGGAUAAAGCUAAGGUGUGUUCCAGGCAAAGCGGAAGCAGGAGUGAAGGCCCCAAGGCAGGAAGUGGUGCAGUGUAUUGUAACAAGCACCAGUAUUUUGGAGUCCCUGGGUGGGGCAGGUGGGUAACAGGCUUGAUGCCAGUUGAAAGGGUGGAGGUUUGAGUCCACCCAGAGGCACCUUAGAUGAUAGGCCUGGUGAUCUACUUCACACACACAGACCCACACAGACCCACGCACACCCACACACAGACCCACACACACCCACACACCCCCCCACACACACCCACCCACACACACACACCACACACACCUACACACCACAUCACACACACACCCACACCACACACCCACCCCCACAUACCCCACACACACACACACACACACACACACACACACACACACACACGAGAGGGCACAGAAUCUGGGAAGGGAGAGGAAAGCAGGAGAAAUAAAUCCCGGGAGAGCUCGUAUACUGUGCUGGGAAGUGCAGAUUUUAUGGAGCGUCUGUGUGGGCAGUGCAUCCUGCCUUUGGAAAUGAGGCGAGAGCGGAGGCCCUAAAACUGCUCCACAGCCCAGCCGGUCUCUUCCCCCCGCAUCCUCCUGUGCCUCAGCUCUUGUAAGGCCUUUAGGGGUGUUGAGCUGAGUUGAAAUAGGGGGUGCUGUUAGGAGUGGGGGCCCCAUAGGGCUGUGGCUUACCUGACUUCUGAAACCUCACUUCUCUAAAAGGUGACACAGAAAACUAGAGCAACAGCACUGCUCUGAGCUGUUGUGGGUGGAGAAGGAGCAUAGAGUGAUCGCCAUUACAUUUGACCUCGUGUCCUUUGCUGUUUGGUUGGCUUUGUUUUGUGUGCGUAAGCCUUUUCCUCCUAGGGGACUUCAAGUUGAGGAAGGAAAGGAUGAUCCAUCAGGGGGAGCUGGCUGUACCUCACAUCCUUCACCUGUUUACUCUGAGGUGUGCAGCUUCCAUGAGCUCGGCCCCCUUCUGUGCCGGUGAACCACCUGGUCUGACCCUCCUGUGGAUCUGAAGCUUAGGGGGGUGCUGCAUUCUGCGGGCUGUGUGGCGGGGGUGGACUGUGCGUGCUGACGAAAGCAACAGUGUGAGGGAUCAUCGCUCCCAUGGUGCCACGCGCACAGUAGGUACUCAGUAAAUGUUCACCCACCUGGCCUUGUGUGGGUACACUUGUUGAUAAAGUGUGGCCUUGUGCAGAUAGUGAAGUGGUAGCUGAUGGCUAUGGGUACUAUUCCUUCUGCAUUGCUCCUGGAAAAAUUCAUUCUGAAUUCAGCCAACGUUUACAGCCUGCCAACAUUGCACGUCCCUGUGAGGGCCCAGGCAUUUGGAGGCCAUAGACCUGGCCCUCCCUCAGGGAGCUCCUUGGGGAAUCAGUUAUGUCAACAAGUAUCUGGAGCCUAGACCAGGACGGCCUGCCAGGUGCAGUGUCGGGGCUCACUGCCAGCUGGGUCGGGGCUGACCUCCACAUGCAAAUCAUAGCCCUCCCCUGUUCUCCAGGGGUGGACUCCACAUACACACGCCUGGCAUCCUGGGGCUGAGCACCACCACCUCACCGUGUAUGGGCUUCACGCCAGCACUGUCCCUGUCCCACCUGAAACCACACGGGCUAACUCACAGGAGACAAGUGAGCUGGGGGACCCACAGGCUCCUUGUCCUCGAAAGGUGCUGACAUAGCUGCCUCCUUAGCCUACAUGCCAUCCCCACAGUCGGAUAUCCUAGAGCGUCUCGAAGGUGAGGUCCUGACCCAGUCCGUGUCACCCUAUCAACCUAGGAACCCCUCCCUCAGACAAGUGAGCUGUGUGUGUGUGUGUGUGCACGUGCACGCUGAUAGGACACAUAACAAAAUAUACAACAACAAUUUCUACGUAUCAACUCAGUGACAUUGAUUACAUUUUUCAGGUUGUGCAGCCAUUCUCACUAUCUUUUUCCAAAUCAUUCCACCAUCAUUAAUAUAAACUCACUCUCCCUUGAACAAAAACUCCCCUUCUCCCCUCACUCCCACCCCUGGUAA